CCUGCCGUACAACCAACUCCUUAGCGAACACUUUCGUCAGCUGGUAGUCAGCUCGCUAGCAAGCCUGCUAGUUAGCAAAACAAGUUUAGCAAGCUUAACAACUACAAAAUCAGAUAACGAAUAACAAGCAUGAGUAGUUUGAGAACUCGAUGCUUUAGUUAACCAGCUAACUUGGUAGCUUAUUAGCUGGUAGUAUUUGUGUUAUUCCAAAUACUUGUACCACUGAUAGAUAGGCUAGAUAGCUACGUUGCUAUCGUUAGCUGCUGCGCUGGAGACAACAACUGUUCUGAUUACUUAAUUAGCUAGCUAGCAGUAAUGGCUAACAGAGAACCGCGACGACAAUAUCGCCGUACCCCGGCGAGUAUCAAGCAGGAACAAGACGAUGACUCGGACGCAGAGGAAUCCCAAUUGGGAUUUAAGAAGUCCGAUGGACGCGAAUCACAGAUCAUCCACAGUGGUCACUUCAUGGUGUCUUCACCACAUAUUGAACAUACACCAAAAAUGGGCUACGACUUUGAUACAGUGAACAAGCAGACCUGUCAAACUUAUCACUUUGGGAAGACAAGUACAUCACACCUAUCAAUAGAUGCGUCGUUGACAAAACUGUUCGAGUGCAUGACGCUUGCAUACAGUGGCAAGUUAGUGUCCCCUAAAUGGAAGAACUUCAAAGGGCUAAAGUUGCUAUGGAGAGACAAGAUCCGACUCAACAACGCUAUUUGGAGGGCCUGGUAUAUGCAAUAUGUGGAGAAAAGGGAAAACCCAGUGUGCCAUUUUGUGACUCCUCUAGACGGGAACAUAGACAUGGAGGACAACCGCCCGGCCGAGGCGAUAGCCACGGAGGGGAAGUACUGGAAGAGAAGAAUUGAAAUAGUCAUCAGAGAGUAUCACAAAUGGAGGACUUACUUCAAAAAGAGGUUACAGAAGCACAAAGAUGAUGAUCUAUCAAGCCUUCUCAAGGGUCCGGAGGAGCAGUUUUCCCUGUUUGGGGAAGUCUUUCCAGACACCCUCCGUGUCUCCUUUUGGCAGGACGAGGAGCUGGCGGGGCGUCGGGUCGCUCGCAGGAGCCGCGAGUCUCCCAUCCCCAUGGAGAUGGACCCCCUGUUCGACAUGGACGUACUGAUGUCUGAGUUCUCAGACACGCUCUUCUCCACGCUGGCCUCGCACCAGCCCAUAGCCUGGCCCAACCCCAGGGAGAUCGCCCAUGCGGGGAAUGCAGACAUGAUCCAGCCUGGGCUCAUCCCCCUACAACCCAAUCUUGACUUCAUGGACUCCUUCGAGCCGCUCCAGGACUUAUUUCACAGCCUCCGCCAGCCUGUGUUUCACUCCACUUCCCUCACUGCUCAGUCUGUCUCUGCUGUCCCCAGUAGCAGCUGUCAGACACAGGCUCAGCUCCUCCCCUCCAUGCACCUGUCGACUGACCUGGCCCCCCCCCCAGGCCCCCUGUCCCUCUCCUCCCCCCUUCCCCUCCCCUCCCCCCUGCCCCUCACCUCCAGCAUGCCUGUUCAGGCCAGCGUGACUUCUGGAUGCCCUGCCUACGUGCACGACUACCUGCCCCUGUUCCCAGGCCCCGUGGGCCCCAGCGCUCCAGCAGACUCCCCUCUCAGCCAGCCUGCCCCCCGUCCCCCCCUGCCCCCGGCCACCCGUCUAGGCACAGCCACGCCCAUCGACCACCCCCCACCCCUGGAAGAGACCCCGUCCCAGACGGUCAUCACACACACAGCCUCCCCCGGUGUCCCGCCCAGAGACUCCGCCCCCUCCUUCAGCCACGCUCCAGACUUCUGCUCCCUCUCCAGCCACGCUUCUCCCCUGCCGCCUCCCCCCCUCCAGCCCCAGGGUCCCUCUCCGCCCCCUCUCCGCCAGCACCCCCAGACGUUUGCCCUGCCCAAACCAAUCCACCCCUCCAACUCCAGCAAAAAAACGCGCCACGUGCAGAGGAUCGUUCCGGCCAAUCCUCUCCCCUCCUCCUCCUCGCACCUCAUCCUGACAGCUCCCUUCCCAGGGCACACCGGAGCGGUGUUGGUCACCCAGAGCCCCCUGAAGCCGGACGUGGUGCCUCCCAACAUGGUUCUGGCUGGCCCUCCCAGCCUGGCACCGUCUCCAGGGUUCCACAUCCUGCCCCAGACUCACAAGCCUCAGCAGCUCAUCGUGCCUAAAGAGGAGACAAACUCCUCCAGGCACAAGACUGCAGUGCCCUCAGGAGCUGCGCUGGACGGGCUGGGCUCGGGCAAGGGGUCCCCUUGUGGCUCGGAGCAGGCCCCCAGCCCCCAGUCCCCCCUCAGCAGCAGCUCAGCCCUCUCCAAGAACGAGUCCAACCAGAGCCGCAGGGGGACCCACAUCUCCGCUGAGCAGAAGAGACGUUUCAACAUCAACAUCGGCUUCAAGACACUCUGCAACAUGGUUCCCUCUCUCAAGUCCCAGUCAAACAUCAGCAACGCGGCAACGCUGCAAAAGACCGUGGAGUAUGUGGGAAAGCUGCAGCAGGAGAGACAACACCUGCAGGAAGAGACCAAGAGGCUCCGCGAGGAGAUCGAGGAGCUCAACGCUUCCAUAAACACGUGCCAGGAGCAGUUGCCCGCUACAGGAGUGCCCAUAACACGACACCGCUUCGACCACAUGAGGGAGAAGUUUGACGAGUACGUGAAGAGCCGCACGCUUCAGAACUGGAAGUUCUGGAUUUUCAGCAUCAUCAUCAAGCCCCUGUUUGAGUCGUUCAACGGCUCAGUCUCCGUCACCAGCAAGGGAGAGCUAUGUGAAAGCACCCUACAGUGGCUGGAACGACAUUGCUCCCUUCCUGUGCUGAGGCCCACGGUGCUCGGGACCCUCCGGCAGCUUAGCACCAGUACCUCCAUUCUCACCGACCCGGCCUUGCUAUCCGAGGAAGCCAGACAAGCUGUCGCAAACUCCCACAACAGUUCUGGAGACUCCUAGCUACUUAGUCACGCGGGCGAGCUCGUCACAAACCUCGCACUUCACAUCCAAAUCGACCCUUCAAACAACACUUUGAAAAACCGUUGAAAAAUAAGACCUCACCAGCUGGCCUCUCGAGCUAAAUUCCAAAGAGAUUACUCCAGUCUUCCUCUCUGUCUAGAUUCAUCACACACAGAAAAAGCACAAGGUUUCUGCCUUAUUCUCAUUGAAGGAUUUUAUUCCUCCACUUGGCUAGGGUGUUAAUAACGUUAAUCUUCGGAAAUCUCGAAGUCAUAUUUUCAAAAAAUGUGAAAUGUGCAUUCAGAAAAGUGUUUGAAUCUCUGCAAAAGCAUCCUCUGCUGUCAGGAGCAACCGAGCGAUGUAUGAUGCCAAUCACAGUCUGCUGUUCAGGGUGUUUUUAGUUCAAAUUAUAGUCUUACCGUGAUGUUUUUAUGGCUUGUUAUGUGAGGUAGAAAUAGUUUAAAGGAAAAAAAAAAGCUAUCUUAAAAAGGGAAAACAAAAGAGUAAGUUUACUUUUUGUUGACGAAACGGCGUGCAUGUGAGACGCGGAUCUUACCGUGAAAACGAGUGAAAAACGUUUCCGAGCCUGAAGGAUUAUUGUUAAAUCUUCUCUUGUGUUCCUCGCACUGUGGAGCUCAACAACACGCACGUGUGCCGGUCCUGAUGCUGUAAAACCCUGUUCCCGAAGUCUUCCAGCCAGGUGGAGGCAGCGUGCGUGGAAUGUUGAAGCUAAUCUCGCGUCUUUUCAUGUGCUGGACUGUUCCAGCGCUACUGAACUCUUCAGGGGUCGAUCUGAGAGACACCACGCCUUGACAGGAUGGUCUGCCAGACUGGACUGGUAAAAUACAAACUUUUCUACCUGUCAGUGAUGUGGCAGUGGAAAUAUAACCAUACAAAACGAGCGUCAAUGGAGCUUCGCUGAAUGUACAGGUGCUUUGUUACUUUUCUAUUAUUAUUUUGAAAGAAAUUGUAUUUGUUCACUCAGGGACGCACUGGUGAGCAUCAAUAUGCUUUUCUCUAUAACCAAAACGAACAAAAUAAAUCAGGAUGUCUUCACAAAACACAGCAGUGAACAUGUCACGUACAAUGUGAAUGUGUUUUUCUUUCUUUUUUCAUAAUCAAGUCAAACUUAAUGUAACGUUAUGUGCGCAAAUGGCAUCUUAUUUAUUACUUAGUUUUUCAGUACGGGGAUAAUGUCAGACAUCUUAUGGCAUCUUUCAAUGUUUUUUGUUCAACACUCCUUAAGUGGUUAUUCAUGAAACUGAGAGCUCGGUUUGGAUGUUUCUAUAGCUUUCGAGGUUAUGAGUGCUAGUUUAUGGAGGUUCUCUACAUGUGUUAUGUGUGAUGUGCUGAUGUGGUCACACUCUUUAUUUAGGAUGUGCAGAUUGACGCGUGUAAAUCCUGUUGCAGAGUACACGAUCAUUACUUCUACAAAACAAGACUUGGAACCAGUCACAAUAUUGACCAUGUUAUUUUCUGUCAAGAAUCAUGAUUUUGUUUUUGUUUUUUUGAGGAGGUGGAAAGUUUACCUGUUUGGUCUAGAUGGAAAGGAUUUGGUCAAAAACAUGUAUUCACUUAUUACAUAUUCUUUUGUAUGUAGCUCCCAUUUUCCAAUAAAGAAAUCAAACUGUGCUUUAAAAUUCUUAGGUACCUGUAGUCUGAAUUGACUCCUGCAGGUGAAUUGUGAAUGAAUUCAUUCAUUCUGCAGUUGUUCGAAUAAUGACUUUGUCGAAUAAUGACUUUGUCAUUAUUCGAGUCUUGCCUUAAGAGUUGUAAAUACUGUCAUACUGCUCUAAAAAAUAAAAUAUUUUCCUACAUUUA